AUGUCGGCUGAAAACUCAUUGGAAUCAAUUCCCAAGAUUUUGGAACAAUCAUUGAUACCUCAAUUUUCCAAUCAAGCAGAAAAGGCAUUGAAAUCAAUGGAGAAUGAGCCAGGUUUUUCCAUCAAUUUACUACAUAUCAUUGCAUCCACCAAUCUUUCUAAUUCAAUUCGAUUAGCAGCAGCAUUAUAUUUCAAAAACUUAGUUAAAAGAAAAUGGAUAACUGAGGAUGGAACUAAUUAUCUUUUACCAUUGGAAGAUGUCAACAAAAUUAAGUUUGAAAUUAUUGAUGUCAUGAUUAGCUUGCCUAAUCAAUUACAAAUUCAAGUUGGUGAAGCAAUUACUUUAAUUGCUGAGUGUGAUUUUCCUCACAAUUGGCCCAAUUUGAUUGAUAUUUUGGUUUCGAAGUUGUCAUUGACUGAUUUUGUCAACAACAAGGCCAUUUUAUUGGUUUCACAUUCUAUUUUCAAGAAAUGGCGACCACUUUUCCGAUCCGAUGAAUUGUUUUUGGAGAUAAAAUUGGUUUUGGAAAAGUUUGUGGAACCGUUUUUGAAAUUGUUUGUUGAAUUGGAUCAUUUGGUUGAUAAACUGAAGGAUAAUGAGGCCCAAUUGGUGAUUUAUUUCGAAAACUUGUUAUUGUUGAUGCAGAUUUACUACGAUUUCAAUUGCCAAGAUAUCCCUGAGUUUUUCGAAGACCAUAUGAAUGAAUUAAUGAAUAUUGUACACAAGUACUUGGUUUAUGAUAAUCCUUUGCUUUUAAAGAAAGAUGAAGAUGAAGAAGUUGAUGUUUUGAUCAAGGUAAAGACUUCAAUUAUUGAAUUGUUGUCAUUAUACGUGACUAGAUAUGCAGAUGUUUUUGAGCCAUUGAUUCAAACAUUCAUUACAUCAGUUUGGGACUUGAUCAACAAUUUUGUCACCAAACAACCUAAAUUUGAUUUACUAGUGGUCAAAGCUUUACAUUUCUUGUCGUCCAUUAUCAAGAUACCAACAUAUCAAUCACUUUUCCAAAGCGAACAAUCAGUGAACGAAAUUAUAGAGAGAAUCAUAUUGCCUAAUAUCAUGUUGAGAGAGAAUGAUGAAGAAACAUUUGAGGAUGAGCCUAUAUUGUAUGUCAGGUCAGACUUGGAAGGAUCUGAUUUUGACUCGAGAAGGAAAAGCGCCACUGACUUUUUGCGGGAAUUGAAGGAGUUGAAUAGCGAAUUGUUGACGACUACCGUGAUGAAGUAUGUGGAUCAGUUCUUGAGCUUUGCUGAUAACGAUUGGAAACACAAGGAUACUGCUAUUUACCUAUUCAGCUCACUAGCGACCAAGGGAAGUGUAACUAAUGUUGGAGUCACCUCAACCAAUGUUCUCGUUGAUGUGGUUGACUUUUUUUCUAAAAAUAUUGCUCAUGAUUUGGAGUCAAAUGAGGUGCAUCCAAUCUUGCAAGUGGAUGCAAUAAAGUAUAUCUUCACAUUUAGAAAUCAACUCACAAAAGAUCAAUUAUUGAUCACUAUACCUCGAUUAAUUAACCACCUCGAAGUUAAUUCCAAUGUUGUCGUAUACACCUAUUCUGCAAUCACCAUUGAGAAAUUACUUUCAAUGACCAACUUCAGUCAGGGCCAUCAACCUGUGUUCGAUAAAAAUGAUAUCGAACCAUUUGUUACUCCAUUAUUAACGAAAUUGUUCAACUUGAUACUCAUGAAUAGUACAACUUCGCCUGAAAAGCUAGCCGAGAACGAGUUUCUUAUGAAGUGUAUAAUGAGGGUUUUGAACACAUGUGAGGAUUUGUUCUCUGAAAGAGUGACAAUCAUUGAUCAAUUAUUGCAAAUACUCAAAAUAACUGCUAAGAAUCCAUCCAAUCCCAAAUUUUCCCACUAUACAUUUGAGUCAUUGGCUCUACUUUUCAAAUACGGAGCUCAACAAGAUCCCAAAAACAUAAACCAAUAUAUCGAACAUGCUAUUCCAGGUUUGCUCGAUAUCCUUUCUGAAGAUGUUCAAGAAUAUGUUCCGUAUACAUUUCAAAUUUUGGCUUAUUUGUUGGAAAAAUAUCCCAAGUCAAGUGGAUUACCAGAAACUUACAAAUCAUUAAUACAACCAUUGAUGUCGCCUUCUGUAUGGCAAUUCAAGGGUAACAUUCCAGGAAUCACUCGAUUACUAAUUUCAAUCUUGGAGCAUGAUCCCACUUUUUUCGUUGAGGCCAAUCAUUUGACUCCAUUAUUGGGAGUUUUCCAGAAUUUGCUUGCAAGUAAAGCCAAUGAUAUCUAUGGAUUUGAUUUGGUUCAAAGUAUAUUGUUGAAUGUGCCCUUGUCCUCGUUACAACCAUACCUCAGUAACAUUGCUCGAUUAAUUCUUACUCGAUUACAAAAAUCACGUACUGAUAAAUUUGUCAAACGAUUUAUUGUGUUUUUAAAUGUUUUAACCACGGUUAAUCUCAGUGAUGUCAAGUAUACUAAUAGUGAUGCAGUAUCAGGCGGUGAUUUCAUUAUGCAAUUGAUUAACUCAGUCCAACUGGGAUUAUUUGGGCAAAUUUAUUCAUCAUUUAUGUUGCGUACUUCAUCAGUAUUGGCCAAUUUACAAGACAAGAAAAUUGUUAAUAUUGGUAUUAGUAUGUUGUUGACAAAUGCCAAUUUCCAAUCGCAGUAUGUAGGCAUGAUUGUUGAUACAAUUGAAACAUUGAUUAACAAUUUGAACUCAUAUGAAGGUAUAGCCAAGGGAAACACUAGUUCAGUGACGAAUGAAGCAAACGUUGUUGCAAUCUCAUCCAUUUCCGGUGCUGCUGCUGGUGGAUUAAAUGAAUUGGAUUCUGAUUUAUCUACAUUUGGAUCGCAUUAUUCCAAAUUGGCAGCAAUUGCCCAGACACCAUUUGACCCAAUCUCAAAAAUUAAAAACAAUGAUUUUGAAUUGAUUAAAACUACAAUUUUGGCCAAUAUUAAGAAAGUUGAUGGUGCUGUGUUGAAUCAAUUAAAUGUGGAUACACAAGCAAUUUUGCAAAAAAUGUUUUAA